AUGCAACAUCAUGAGCCAGACGACACUAGCAUCCUCGAGCGAACUGACGCUGCCCCCCCUGAGCGAACUGACCGAAUCCCCCUUGUCGGUCACGAAAAUGACACAAUCGAGACCGACCUACAGCUCAGCGAACACACCGCCCUCUCAAAUUUCCCUCAGGCGGAACAUGUUGUACCGGCCCCAGAGCACGAGGAGUCAAGCCUGCCAGGCGGUCAUCAAGACGACUCACUCCACGCAGACCCUAAGAGACGUGGGCCCGGCGCUGAGCCGGACGGUCAGCACGACCAGCCAGUCGUCGCAGACGGCGAGCGAGAUCAACAAGCUGAUCCAGCCGGUCAAGAAGCAGAGCCAGUCGUCGCAGACGCUGAAGGGGGCGACCCCGAAGGCCCCAGCGAAGAUCCCCGAAACGACCCCCUCGGUGCAGCCAACCGAGUAAUCGGAUCGGCGAUACCGAACGGAAGCGGAACUGAGCACGAUUUAAACACCCCAGCGCAAGAUGAGCCAAUCUCGUCACACUGCGAGGAGCACGAACCAACCAGCGAAAGCUUCCGGUCAACAUCAAACUUCCCGGAUGAUCAGACCGAAAAGGGGGAGCAUGUAAAGGCUGAUUUUCCCCAAGCCCCAGAAACCGACAUGGGGGUCACCGACACGGGGGGCGCUGAUAGUCCGAGCACCGCGCCCCUUUCACCGGAUGGUGCCAUGACAGCCAAGCCUGGCUUCGCGUACACCAUACCCCAGCACAUCUACUACCUGGCACAGAUGUUUCGCAACUUGCUGGCGUUCUUCGCACGGCGCGUCCUCAGCACCCUG